GCCGUGAAGGGUCGGAAAGCUGGUCGAUUGCCUCUCCCCAGAUACCGGACUAGUGAACCACAAUGCCUCCUCGCUUCCUCACCCAGCCUUCUUUGAAGGCCUUCACUGGUUCUUCAUACAUUCAGAGUCCGCUUGCCGCAUUGUCCUUAAACCCUUCGAAGACAUCGAUCCGAGCAGGUUCCGCCGAGACUAGAGAGAGACGACGACAUGACCCCUUCUUGAUGGCGCAAUCGCGCCGACGCAAAGCCGCCAACCUGUCCCGUCAAGAGGCUCUUUCUAAAGAGCGCGAAGGCUCCUUGGGGGAUCCGGUGGAGAGUCGCCCGACUGCCUUCAUCCAGGGUCUUAAGGACACUCAAUCCGGCCCUCAGGUUCCUUCGGAAUCGGACGGAAAGCUCAACUACUUCCUUGGCUCCGAAGAUCUCCAGCAUGUGCUUGAGUACACGAAAAAUCUCACCUCCCCGAUCGAAAACCUCGACCGAAACGUCGCCGACCCUCAGCUCGAGAAGGAACUGGCCGAACAGCACAUUAAAGACCACAAGAAUGCCGAAGAGGCUAUCAAACGCAUUGUGAGCGUGGGCAUCGGCAAUACCCAGGACAAGAUGCGCCUAAACAUUCAGAAAUGCAUCGAAGAGUUCGGACGCCACAACACCGACCAGAAAUUGCCCCCCAAGCCGGCAGCUCCGUCGCAGCAGUCCGGCACCGCCGCCCUCGAGAAGACUCCUCGUGUUGGCCCCGAUACCGGAUCUCCGGAAGUCCAGGUUGCCAUCUUGACCGCGAAGAUCCUGAACCUGACCCGGCACCUGAAGACAUCCAACAAGGACAAGCACAACAAGCGCAACCUCCGGAUACUGGUCCACAAGCGACAGAAGCUACUUCAAUACGUGCGAAGAAAGGAACGGGGUGGCCCAAGAUGGCAGAACUUGGUUGAGAGCCUGGGUCUUUCCGAUGCUGCUUGGAAGGGCGAGAUUAGUAUGUAAUGGACCGGAAGCGUUGUGUAUCAUUUCCCCCCUUUUGUUAUUUCCUUCCAUCUGAACAUCUACAUGUAACCCUAUGGUAUUUGAUUCUCCUAGCGUGUGUGUGCUACAGAGCGGGCGGUUCACCGCGUCUCUCCUUUUCAUACCUAUGGAAAGAUUUACCUUGUAUAAAUAUAGUUUGCUCUACAACUUUCAAAACAGAUCAAUUUUCCGU